CGCUGGGGCACUGAGGGAUGGCGCGCCUGGGUUUCCUCCUCCCCGUGGUCCUGCUCCUCCUCCUCCUCCUCCUCCUCCUCAGUGCUGUGGCCCAGGGUACACAUGCUGUGGUCCGUGUGGUAUCGGAGACCUGGAGCAAAGACUACUGCGUCCUGUUCAGCGCUGACUACGUCACCCUACCCCGGGAACUGCGCCAUGCCCCGCUCCUGCCCCUGCAUGACGGCACCAAGGCCACCUGGUGCCCAGGCAAGGACCCCGCCCCCCAGGCCUGGCCCAGCUCCUCCAGACCUCAGUCGCUCCGCCACACCACCACCAUGGCCCUGAGGGGCAACUGCAGCUUCCAUGCCAAGGGCCAGCUGGCUCAGGGCCGAGGGGCCCAUGGGCUGCUCAUCGUGAGCCGGCUCGGUGACCAGCAUUGCUCAGACCACAGCUGGCCGUCCGGGGACCCCCACCGGCCCUUGCCAGGCCUCGCCAUCCCGGUGGCUGUGCUCCGCUACACGGAUAUGCUGGACAUCCUCAGGCACACGCACGGGGCCGCCACCAUCCGCAUAGCCAUGUACGCGCCCCCCAUGCCCAUCGUCGACUACAACCUGGUGGUCAUCUUUGUCCUGGCCGUGGGCACCGUGGCCGUGGGUGGCUACUGGGCUGGCCUCGUGGAGGCUGCCUGGCUGCAGCGGCGCCGGGCCCGAGGAGGAGGUGGGGGGCCUGCUGGCCAGCUGCCGGCCCUGGUGGCAAGGACACCCCCAGGGCUCUGCGAGGAUGAGGACACUGAGGGUGCAUCAGUGAACUUCACGCUGGCCGCUGCAGGCACGGUGGUCGCCAUGUCCUGCUCCAUCGUCGCUCUGCUCUACCUCUUCUACGACUGCUUCAUCUAUGUCAUGAUUGGGGUCUUCAGCCUGGGUGCCACCACCGGGCUCUACAGCUGCCUGGUGCCCCUCCUGCGCCACCUGCCACUGCCACAGUGCCAGUGGCCCCUUCCUGGCUGCAGGGCCUGCCUGCAGCUGCCCCAGCUGCUGCUGGCCGUCCUGUGUGCCGCGGUGACCCUGCUCUGGGUUGCUUACCGCCAUGAGGACCGCUGGGCGUGGCUUCUGCAGGACGCGCUGGGCAUGGCUUACUGCCUCUUGGUGCUGCGGCGAGUGCGGCUGCCCACACUCAGGAACUGCAGCUGCUUCCUGCUGGUCCUGCUGGCCCUCGACGUCUUCUUUGUUUUUGUGACGCCCCUCUUCACCAAGACUGGUGAGAGCAUCAUGCUAGAGAUUGCCUCGGGCCCAGCAGAUUCUUCGAGCCGUGAGAAGCUGCCCAUGGUGCUCAGGGUGCCCCAGCUGCGCUCCUUGGCUGUGACACCGUGUGACCAGCCCUUCUCCAUCCUCGGGUUUGGGGACAUUGUGGUUCCUGGCUUCCUGGUUGCCUACUGCCACCGUUUCGACGUGCACACCCGUUCUCGUCAGCUCUACUUCGUGGCCUGCACCAUAGCCUACGCCAUGGGCCUGCUGGUCACAUUCUUGGCCAUGGUUCUCAUGGAGACGGGCCAGCCUGCCCUGCUCUACUUAGUGUCCAGCACCCUGCUCACCAGCCUGACUGUGGCCGUCUGCCGCCGAGAGCUCAGCCUCUUCUGGACCGGCUGGAGCAGAGCUCAGACCGCUGUUCAGCCCCUGGCAGGGCUCUGUGUCGGCCCUGAGGGCUUCUCCGAACAGAGACAGGCGAGCACAGUAGAUGGCCACGUGGCCAGUAAGCUUGAGGGGGCCACUGAGCAAGGGGCAGGGAACUUAGACAGCAGCUCUGGAGCUGAUGCAGCCGACACAGGCACCUUCUCCGAGGGUGAAGCCGCCAGUCAGGAGGGCCACGGUGAAAACUCUGAGGCCAGCUUGGAUGCCCUGCCCCCCGCCGCCUCCAUGGCUGUGGAGGACCUGAGACCACUGAUGCCACUACCCUCUGAGCUGGGCCAUGUCUGCACUCAGGCCCCGGAAGCCAGCCUAUCCUGGGAAGGGCUCCACAGGAGGAAGGGCUUGAAAGUAAAGAAGGCUGCCCUGUGA